AUGGAUGGAUGGAUGGAUGGAAAGACAGACACCAGUGCUUCUUAUUUAAAUGAAAGUGUUCUUGUCUCAGCUUUACUAGAGUCUACUGCUGAGAAUGGAGGACCUUCUACAAGUGAAGAAUACGUUAGAGAAAAUGAUGGAUUACGAAACAGAAGUCACAACACUGAAGAUCACUCCUCUGGACAGGGUGCCACAGAGUCAGCCAAACCAUACACAUCAGAGCAGCUGGAUGCCGUCAAAAGAAUUAAGAGAUGUAAAGACUAUUAUGAGAUUCUUGGAGUCAGUAAAGAAGCCUCUGAGGAGGAUCUGAAAAAAGCGUACCGAAAGCUAGCUCUAAAGUUUCAUCCAGAUAAAAACCAUGCGCCUGGUGCCACUGAAGCAUUUAAAGCUAUAGGUAAUGCUUACGCAGUUCUAAGUAACCCUGAAAAAAGAAGGCAGUAUGAUGUUUAUGGUGAAGAAAAAGCCCAUCCGACUCACAGGCACAGGACCGAUCACAGAAAUUUCGAAGCAGAUAUUUCCCCUGAGGACCUUUUCAAUAUGUUCUUUGGAGGUGGAUUUCCUACCAGUAAUGUGCAUGUGUACAGUAAUGGCAGGAUGAGGUUUGGCCAUCAGCAGCGACAUGAACGACGAGAACAACAGAGAGAAGGUGGCCUUGCCUUUUUUGUACAGCUGAUGCCAAUACUCAUUCUGAUCAUAGUCUCUGCUCUCAGCCAGAUGAUGGUUUCCAGUCCUCCAUACAGCCUCAGCCACAGACCAUCCAUGGGCCACACAAACAGGCGACACACUGCAACUCUGAAGGUGCCUUACUAUGUGGGCGACCACUUCUCAGAAGAAUAUACGGGGAUGAAUCUUAAGAAUGUUGAACAAAGUGUGGAUGAGGACUAUAUAUCAAACCUGAGAAACAAUUGCUGGAAGGAGAAGCAACAAAAGGAAGGCUUGUUGUAUCGGGCACGUUACUUUGGAGACACAGACUUAUACAAAAGGGCACAGAAAAUGGCAACACCCAGCUGCUCGAAACUUUCAGAUAUACAGGUUCUGUUACAUGGUCAUUGAGUAGCAGAAUGUGGUGUCCUGUUGAGACGUCAUUUGAAGAUGAUAAUAUACAGAAAUGUUCUGUUCUCUUUGCUAAAAUGGGACAUUGCAUUGCACCAGUUCAAGAGAAACAAAGAUAGCCCAUCCUGGUGCCACAUGGGUUCACUCAUCUCUCCUUCAAAAUCUUAGGAAAAUUACAACUCAUGGAAGAUCUUAACAUCUGCGAAAUGGUUUUAUAUAUGGAUUUAAAUAUGUAAUGAAUUAAAAAAAUAAAGCAUUGGAUGAUUUACUUGUAGAGAGGAAAGUGCACAGCUGUUAAAUGGUAAUCAAUGCUGCUAGCUUACUGCUUAUCGUUUUUAUUUAGACCUAUUCUUCUCAAAGCAUUUUUCAAUACCCAUAUUUGGGUUUUCUGAGCCAAUUCUGAAAUUUCUAGUAAUGUUUGAUCCGUUUAUCUGACCACAGGAAGUCAAAUGAUUACACCGGUGUCAUUCAGCAUUUGCCUGUUGGGUUUUUAAAAAGAAUGUUUGAGAUUUAUGCAAAUGGAAGGUUAAUAUUUGUAUUUAUUAAAUGGUAUCAUACUAUUUUCUUCCAUUUUAAUUUAUUUUUAGAACCUUAGAAGCAUUCAUUUUAACAGUGUUUUGCAAAGUGUAGAUGGAGGGUUCUGAAGCAUAAUCAAGUGCCUUGCCAGAUCCAGUCUUAAUGUAUACUGUAAGUCUCUGCAUUAUGUAAUACAGGAAGGAAAUACAUCAAUGCUUGGCAUUAGUACUUAGACCAAUUAGCCACUAAAAUGUACUUGGGGAUUUUUUCUUCUUCCAUAUUUUAUGUUCUUUCAUUUCAGUGCAACAUUUUAUGAUUUUUUUGUAUGUAUGUAA